GUUUUGGUUUUCUGAGCCGGCCUCGAAAUGCUCAGACUGAGCGCAACUCAAACGCCGACGACGACGACGACGACGCGCUCAGUCACUGCGUCACAGCCUCAGCCUCAGGCCACCCUUCAUGCGACUGCCAGUCACAGUCACAGUGAUGGCGAUGAUGAUGAUGGCGGUGGAGGGUGGACGGACGCGCCUGCGAACAAGCGACGGCAGCGAAGCACGCUCGCUGCAACGAGCUCAACGCGAACGCAACCUCGCCAAACACACGCUACCAGAGUGCAGCAGACUUCGGCAGUGAGAAUAGCAGGGACCCCGAGUAGCGCGGCAAGGGUGGCUCGACCUGGACUGCUUCCAUUGCCAGCGAACGCAGUCCCGACAGACCUGAUGACCACGACCGCCGGAGCAUCCACCAGCAGUAGUCAUAGUAGUACUAGUAGUCAUGGUGUCGGAGGAGCUGUGCCAGGCAAUGGCAAGAAUGCGCGCGGACGGGCGUUGACGAUUGCAGACUUGAUCUCGAUCGCAACAAACAUGUCAAACCCAAAACGGACAAACAAAACAAUCCGCUCAGAAGUGACACCCGCAACCGCAUCCGUGUCUCAGAUAACAAGGCGGCGCGUACUAGCGAUGGCUCCGACUGCUCAAGCAGCACUGCCAAGACAUGCCGCAGCAGCGUCGAGUAAAUUCAACGGGCGGAGCGCACAUCCAAACAAGUUGGACGGAUCCUCGCCGGCGAUUCGAGCUGGGAAACAGAGUCGUGCCACGACGAAACGGCACCGGCCAUCGCGGAUGAGAAAGAUCAUUCGAAGAGAUCGGCAAUUGAGAAAGCGGGUUGCUCUGGCUGGCAAAGCCUCCGCUAGUUCAUCUGCAGCAGCUACUGAAUCAGCCGUGUUGCAACCAUCUUCACCUCAAACUGCUCCUGCGAUGCCAGAAGCUGUUGCCAGCACCAGUACAACUGCUACACAAGACUCGCGUCCUGGCAACAGCUCUGACAUGCAUCAAGCGUCCACCUCUGCAUCCGAAAUGGAAACUCGCGAAAAGGACAACAAUGGCGACGACGACGCCGGCGACGACGAAUUCGACCCGGAAGUCAUCGCUGCUGAGAGAUUGACUGCUACUAUGCACAGAUUUCGCAUCACUAGUUCUGCCAUGAAGCACCAUUCAGCGAGGUUUCGCGAGUACUGCAGUCAAAAGGUCGGCGCUGAGCUUGAUUCUGCUACAGCGAUUGUGCUGAAACAACUCCACAAGUUCCAAGAACGACGACUCGCCACAAUAGACCCGAACAAGGCCAAACAGCGCCGCUGGUUUGUCGUUGGCCUCAAGGAAGUGUUCAAGCAUCUUCAACGAGGCAAAUUGCGAUGUCUCAUCGUUGCGCCAGACAUUGAGAGCGUGCGCUCGGCGGGUGGCCUGGACGAUGCAAUAAGCUCAAUUUUAACGGAAGCACACGCACAAGACCGGCCGGUGGUGUUUGCCUUGAAUCGCCGGAAAAUCGCACGCGCAUUGAACAUUCACGUUCCAGUGAGUGCCGUUGGUAUUUUUACCUUCGACGGCCUGCAUCAAGAGUACAAGUCAAUGCUGUUGCAGUCAACGGAAGGCAGGCUGGCGUAUUUUGCCAUGCUAGAAGCCACCCAUGCGCAAUGGGUCGAAACACCGCCACCAACUGCUCUCGCCGAUUCAUCCGCCCCAUCCGGUUCGACCACCCCUAGCAGCUCAAAUAGUGUUGAUCAUGCACCUGUGCCUCUAACAGAGCCAAUAGCGCCUCGAGCAUCAUCAGCAGCUUCGAGACAAACCCAUCCGAAUGAAAGUGCCAAUCGUGGAGGUGCACCUGCAAGUCGGAAGCAGCGUCGACAACAACAAAAAGCAGUAUCUGCCACAGUGAAUGCUGAACUAGCACACAGUUGAAAAAAAUCAUUGUAUCGUCGCUACAAAAUACAAAAUACAUCAUUUAGUGCAA